UGUGUUGUAGCCUAGUGUUGGCCCAGCAGUGACGACAUUGUUGUUAUUGUUGGUGGAACGGCCGCCAGGUGACAGUGUGGGUGCCAGUAGCUCUGGCUACUGAUGCUUGCCAGUAGUGACUCCAGCCACACUCACCACACUACUCAAUCACCCUUUCAUCUCUCGCUAAGCUGGAAGAGAGAGACGGAAGGGUUGUGAGAGGUGAGGAUGGCGUCCCGGGACGGCCCUAUGGUGGCGGGGACGGAUGGAACGGACUUCGUCCACAGGGAGACUGUAGCAACACAUUACCAGAUUAGCUGGCCUUCAAAGAAGAAAAUUUCAGAAGUUGCACUGAACAAAGGGCGGCUAAGAAAAUGUGUGUUCUCUCAUCUGUUGCUGGCACUCCUCAUGGUGGUCAAGAUGGUCCCUGAUUUCCUCGACAGACUUGACAUUUUUAUUCUUGAAAUUGAAGAAUUAGAAGUACCGCAACCAUUGAAAUGGGAAUACAUCUGGUUGGUGGGGUCCUUGGCCAGCUUCUUGGGUCUCAUAGCCAUCCGAAAAAAUAGAGUAUUACUUAUGCAGAUAUAUUUUGGUCUUAUCAAUCUCCUCUCAACAGUGCCAAUUCUUUUGGCUGCAAUGAUAUACUUCAAAGAGUUCUUGGAAUAUUGUACUGAAGAUGAGCCACAAGGAUUACAGUUGUGGCAGGGUUACCCAGUGAGUGUGCUGUGGUACAGCUUCAUCUUGAUAGCUAUGCAAGUUCAUAUCUUUACGUUGAUUUUUGCCUGGAAGCUUAUACUGGCAUGGAAGAACCGAGGGGCAACAAAGAAGACCCAGUGAUGGAAACCGAUUAUCAUCUUGUAUACGAUAUUUGAGCAAGGUGUCAAAAUUUUGCAUUAUAAGAUUUGAAGUUUGAAGAAAGUAUAUUGACAAUAACAUUUCUUUUUCUACUAAGACUUUUAUAUAACUGUUAGCCAAGAGUAUUAACUUGCUAAAAAAAAAAAAUAUAUUAAGGCUGCAUCAUAUUUUGUAAUGCAAGUUUGUGCAAUUUUUUUAAACAUUGAAUAUUUGUACGGGUCAGUCCUUGAGAGUUUUAUUCUUCAUUCUUAAGAGCAUUGCUGAUUUUCAUUUCUUACUUCCUAGGUUUUGCUAGCAUUACUAAAGUAACUAUAUGAAAGAAAGUCUUAGCACUUUGUUUUGUAAUGGAUAGCGUUAUCAGAGCAGGGCUCUUAGUUUGAAGAUGUUGACAUCUUUAACAAAAGUUAGCUUACUAUCGACAAAGUAAUUAAUUACUACUGCCAGAGCUCUUGUUACUCCUAAUUAACUUCACAUCAAGUUAUUCCUAAUUAAUUUCUUAAUGCCAAGUUAUUUCUAAUUAAUUUCUUCAUGCCAGGUUAUGACUCCAUAAUUUUUUAUUGUUGAAUUUUGUGAAUGGGAAAACUGAGUGUUAUAUUGUAAGAGUAAUUUCUGAUUGUUUCUUUUGUGUUAUUGCCCUGUUUCAAGAUGAAGCUUGGGUUAUUGGAAGAUAUGAAAUAAAUUUAUCUUUUUGAUUAACAUUCUUACUU